AUGACAACUUCGGAAAAGAACAGCGGCCACCGCCGCGUGAAGCAGAUGCAGGGGCUGCUGCUGCUCGCGCGUCUGGACGGGGCGCCUGCUCGUCGUGAGCCACUGGUCAGGCCUCAGCGCAUGACGGUCCUGCUCCAGCCGCAACGCCAGCAGCUCGUGUACUCGGCUCGGGCGGACCAGGACAUGCUCCAGCCACUGGGCCGCGUCAAUCUGCGCGGCGCGAAGCUGGAGCAGCUCGCUGACGGCUUCAUCAUCCACGAGGCACGUGGCGGACUUGGAAAGACGCUCAAGCUGCAAGACAAUGACAAAGCUACGAUCGACGCUUGGUUCUUUGCAGUCUACUCGGCCAUUACAGAGCACAAGCGUCCUUCUGUCUGCUAUAGUAGCGGAGAUAAUGCAGGGCACAGGUUCUCGGCUGUGCUAACGUCCAGCAUGCGCGACGAGCACACGGACGUGAUGGAGUUUGAGCUGUCAUGUCAAUUAGUGCUGCCCCUGCACGAGCGGAAUGAAAAGUCGAGCAUCAAGUGGACGGUUUGGAAAACCCUCUCGGAGCUUCAAGCAUUUGAUGAUGAGCUGCGCGUGUCUUUUGGUGCGCACAUGACGCAGAUUGCGGUGCCUAGAGACCGUAGACGGGACUCACUGUUUGGAGGUAUGCGGAAGAAGUCAUUGCGGGAGCUGAAAGAGCAACAGCUUGCGCUAUAUGUCGAACAGGUGUUUCAGAUGCUAGAAAUUUCGACUGAACCUAUGUUGGUCGAGAAAGUGAGACAGUUCCUGGGCUUGGACGCCUUCUUCGAAACUGUGACACCCUCGUUGAGCGAAAAGGACACCGAACUCACAGACGCACCCGCAAGUGCUGAUUCGCGUGCAAUACUCUUCGCCGAUACUGACAGCGCGAGACGCGUAUCGGAUGUGUCAAUGCUGCUCGGCGAGCUGGAAGAGGACGUGACCCCUCUAGCAAGCUACGUGGCCCAAGCGCCUUCCCGCCGAUAUUCGUGUACGGAGUUUGCGGUACCGCCUGUAUCGUUGACAAGUGAGAGUUCGACGGGUCUAGAGCAGGGGGAUGGGGAGAUUGUUGAAGUCAUCCCGGAAGCCGAUUCGAGAGCAGCGAAAAAACUGCACAAGAAGAUCAUCCAGACGGUCCGAGAGCUUGUGGCGAAUGACGGAGAGCGUGUGCAGGAAUUCCAGGACCAGACAAAAGAUUUCGGUCGUGAAAGAAUGUCUGCGAAGGAAUAUUGUGCUUUUCUUGUUGGGGCAGUUGGGGCCCAGGAGUGUUGCAAGCUUGUUUUGGAAAUGGCGCGACUUCUUCCUGAUGAGGCGAAGAGAAAUGAGUUGAUGCAAGCACGAGCUGUUAUUUGGAGGCGAACGCACCGCCGACACCGCAGGCGCUCGAAGCAGAUAUCAGAGAGCGUCGUGAUGAAAAAGUCAAAGGAGGAGCAGCAAUCGGUCGAGACUGCACUCAGUAAGAUGCGUCCGAAGUCCGACUGUCUUAGCACGGCCAGUUGGGACGCAGAGCGCGUCCAGUCUCUGCGAAUUGCAAGCGGAAAAGGAACGAGUGAAAGACUCGCGCCGGAGAUCAGUAGCGAGUUGAACAUCCAGCCGAGCAAGAGCGUGCAACCAGAUCCUGCGCACCGCGUCAGAUUGGCUGAUCCGCGACGCCACUUGAAUCGAAGAGCGUCUUUCAACACGAUAUUCGGGGAGACAUUGGAAACGAACCCGAUAGAGGAAGAGAAUCCGGCCGACAAUGAGUCUGACGAUGACAGCUACGACGGUCUGCUGGAUCAACAGCCAUGCGCUGUAACCGAUGAGGCGACACCGAUCGAGAGAAAGUUGUCGAUGAGCAAGCCUGUGAUCCUCAGACGGCGCCACUCUUCGUUCUUGGACAAAGAUGAUGAAGACGAAAGCACGGGAGACGACGAUGAGAGCGAUAUCACGAGUCGCGCCUGCCGGUCUCGCAAGAGCCGUCACUGUCAACAGAGCGGGGAUGGCAGCGGCGGUCUCGAGAGACGGGAUCUGAAAGAAAGAUCAACGUCUCGCGGGGGCUUGACACGAACGCGCUCUCGGCAGAGCUCAUUUUUCGUUGAUAAAAGGGUCGACGACCGCAGCGCAGAGGAAGAAGACGACAGCCACUCUCGAUUUCGCAGGAACCAACGCCACGCGAGUCGGAAAUUCGACGAGGAAGCCAAGUGUGGGCCGGUGGUCGAAGAGGAAAACCCGGUGCUGGCGCGCCUCAAGAAACAAGGGGCAGUAAAUUUCAUGAUGCAGCUUCGCUAA